UUUUCGCGCCCAGAGAAAACUAUGAGACAGAAAGCCCUUUUUUACCCACUUUCUGUUCAGUUGUCAGAGGCUAGUCGUAUUUAAGUAUGUCUGGACGCGGCAAGCAGGGCGGCAAGGCUCGCGCCAAAGCCAAGACCCGUUCUUCACGGGCCGGCCUGCAAUUCCCGGUGGGCCGCGUGCACCGUCUGCUCCGCAAGGGCAGCUACUCUGAGCGCGUGGGCGCCGGCGCCCCGGUGUACCUGGCGGCCGUGCUGGAGUACCUGACGGCCGAGAUCCUGGAGCUCGCGGGCAACGCGGCGAGGGACAACAAGAAGACUCGCAUCAUCCCGCGCCACCUGCAGCUGGCCAUCCGCAACGACGAGGAGCUCAAUAAGCUGCUGGGCCGCGUGACCAUCGCGCAGGGCGGCGUCCUGCCCAACAUCCAGGCCGUGCUGCUGCCCAAGAAGACGGAGAGCCACCACAAGGCUAAGGGGAAGUAAGACCAGCCGUUCACUCAUCCGAGAACAAAGGCUCUUUUCAGAGCCAUCCACAGUGUCUUUUAAAGAACCGAACACUUUAAGCAAAAGUGUCAUGUGCAGUUUAAUGGUGAAAGUAAACCAGCGUUCUGUAAGUUUUAGUUAAAAGAGACUUGCACGUAU